AUGGUUGAAUAAAAUGGGAAAAGAAGGUUUUAAAUUUAGUAUAGAAUGAUAUACUUACCUCCUUAUCACCCUUAACAUAGUCCGAUUGAAUUUGCAUGGGUUAAAUCAAAGACUUAAGAGGUAAGAAUCCCACUUAUAAAAUUAAAUAGUUACUCGAUUUAACUCUUUUCGAUGUUCGAUGCUCUCAAAAAUUUUAAUUCAACAAAGUCAAAAAAAUGUAAUUGA